UGGUAGUGCAACAACAGAAGUUCAACAUGGGUGGAUCAAACUCUAAACAAGACGACAAUAUCUUCAGCAAUCUGGUGCCUAAUAUGGUAUCAAAGAAAGGUGUCGAGCAAUGUUCCUCCAAUGAUAUUCCUCAAAUAGAACGUGAAUAUGCAGAGAAGAUACAGGAACUUAAACAGAAAAACUAUGACAUUGAGAAUCUUAUCUUGGAAGGAGGGGGUACUAAAGGUCUGGCCUACUGUGGUACAAUGACUGUUCUAGAGGAUCUGGGUAUUACUAAGAACUUGAAGAGAUUUGCAGGAGCGAGUGCCGGUGCUAUGUUGGCAACUCUCUUAGCUGUUGGGUUCUCGGCUGCAGAGUUGGAGGUCAUCGUUAGACGGGACAUGAAAAGCAUUGAGUUUUUCCAAGAUGCCACAUUCGGGAAACUCUCCUUACCAUGGAACAUAGUCAAACAUCAAGGUUGGCAUCCAUGCAAAAAAGUUGAGAAGCAGUUUGAACUUUACAUUGAAGAGAAACAGGGAAAGCGCAAACUUACUUUCUUAGAGCUGUAUCAAAAGACGGGAAAAGAGUUGUGCAUUAUUGUGACGAAUUUGACCACAAUGAGCGUGGAAUAUUUCCAUCCAAAAACAACACCUAAUGUAUCAAUAGCUCUCGCCGUGAGAAUGUCUAUUGGAUUACCUGGUUUCGUUCAACCAACGGUGGUGAAAAAACAUGGCCUUAAUCACUGUUAUAUAGAUGGUGGAGUACUCUGCAACUACCCAAUACAUUGCUUCGAUGGUUGGUACUUAUCAAUGGAUCCCAAGGACAGUUUCUUCAGGAAGCUUGAAGACAUGAGUAGCACAAACAAAGAACACAGAUUCGGGGGACACAAUGAUAAAACACUAGGACUUCUCUUGUAUUCUGGUGAUGAAUCUGAAUUUAUGAUGCAAGCUUUUGAAGAAAGAUCUGCCCCUAUUGCACGACCAAAUACUGAACUUGCUAGAAAGAAUGGCAAAUUCAUGGAUGAGCGCAAAGCAAGAGAGCAAGAAAGAACCAAAAUCUUUGAAGCUGCUAAGAAUUUCUGGAUGGUCCUACGAAGCAGCGAUGUGGAUGGCAGUAACACAAUUGACAUCCAUGAGCUACAACAGGCUAUAGAGCACAGUGACUUCAAGGAACAUCAUGCCAAGGCUCUCUUUGGUGACACUCCUCUGAGCACUAUAUUCAAAGAAAUGGACAUUAAUGGAGACGGAGAGAUAACAUUUGAUGAAUUCAUAACAUACAUGGAGAAGAAAAGUGUUGAUUUCAUGUGCUACAUGCAGAACAUGUCAGUCCAGGAUGGCACUGACACAAUAAAUGGAUUCCUUUCUGCCUUUCAAGAAAUGCUGGACAUUAACCUAAAACAGCUAUAUAUGAAGGAUACUGAUGUGACAAGGACCAUUGGAAUAAACACAGACUAUGUAAAAACAACAGAUGUUACAGUUGGACUAGACGUGAAAGAUCAAGACUUUCUUGUUGCCUGUGGUAAAGCUUCUGCCUUACAGUUCUUUACACUGAAGAACAAAUAAUAAACAUUGAGUAUCCUUUACAAAUAAUAAACAUUGAGUAUCCUUUACAAAUAAUAAACAUUGAGUAUCCUUUAUAAAUAAUGAACAUUGAGUAUCCUCUACAAGUAAUAAACAUUGAGUAUCCUUUACAAAAAAUGAACAUUGAGUAUCCUUUACAAAUAAUGAACAUUGAGUAUCCUUUACAAAUAAUAAACAUUGAGUAUCCAUUACAAAUAAUAAACAUUGAGUAUCCAUUACAAAUAAUAAAUAUUGAGUAUCCCCUACAAUGGAGAACAUACAAAUGUAAAUGUUAAACAUUGACCAAACAAAAUGACAUUUGGCUGUAAUUUGAUUGAACAGUUAGUUGCACAUUACAAGGAAUUCCAGGAAAUUUCAUCGGACUAAUAAGCAGUUUAUUGUCAAGGAAGGUUGAAAUUCAUAAUUGUGUAUGGUCAAUCUUUCUUUGUCAGAAACCUUUCUAUACUUAAAACCCAAAUAUGGGUGUUGUGCAUUGAUAUUUCAAUAAUGUGCAAUUUUUACAAUUAUGUGUGAUGUAUAUAUGUUCACAAGUUCUAUAAUAUAAUAUUA